UGCGUAGUGUUUACUUUUUCGUCGAAACUCAGUCCGAAUUCGUUAACAGCCGCUAACGGUUUGCUCUUGCUCCGCUCUCCACGAUCUGCCGCCAAGCCCGAAAGAUCCUUGUAACGCAACUCCUUGCCAACAUGUCGAAAGUGUCGCAAAGUGCUGGCAACAAUGCUAACGGUACCAGCGCCACGAACAGCAGCGACAUUUACAACAUUGUGCUGCUGGUGGUGGACAUUGUGUUGCUGCUCGUCAAGUUCUGGCUGGCGAUAGUCGAGUCGAUAGUUGGGCUCUUCCAGACGAAGGUGCAGGAGAAUGUUAGCGGUAAAUUUGUGCUGAUCACCGGCGCUGGCCAUGGCAUGGGCAAGCAAAUGGCACUGCAGUACGCCGCUCUGGGGGCCACCGUCAUCUGCUGGGACGUGAACGAGCAGACGAACAACCAGACGGUGAAGGACAUCAAGCAGAAGGGCGGCAAGGCCUUCGGCUAUGUGUGCAAUGUGACGAAGCGCGAGGAGCUGAUUGAGUUGGCCCAGAAGGUGCGCAAGGAGCAUGGCUUCAUCCAUGUGGUGGUCAACAAUGCCGGCAUCAUGCCCUGCCAUCCACUCCUGGAGCACACCGAGAACGAGAUUCGCCUCAUGUAUGACAUCAAUGUGAUUUCACAUUUCUGGAUGAUUCAAAGCUUUCUGCCCGAGAUGAUUGAGCGCAACGAGGGCAGCAUUGUGGCUCUCUCCUCCUGUGCCGGACUCUUUGGCCUCAUCAAUCUGGUGCCCUAUUGCGGCACAAAGUUCGCUGUGCGCGGCUACAUGGCCGCCCUAGCCGAGGAGCUGCGCCAGAAGAAUCCACAGAACAAUGUAAAACUGACCACCAUUUAUCCGUACAUGAUCGACACGGGUUUGUGCAAGAAUCCCCGCUAUCGCUUCCCCAGCCUGUUCCAGCUGAUUUCGCCCGAUGUGGCGGCCGCCUCCAUUAUUCAGGCGCAGCGCGAGGGCCUCGAGGAGGCAGCCAUUCCACGCAGCUAUCUGGCGCUGGAGAAGAUCGGACGCCUGGUGCCACGCAAGGCCAUGCGAUUGGUCAAUGAUUUCGUUGACACUGGCGUCGACACGGACAAGCACUAGGCGAGCCCAUGGUGCAUCAAUCCACCACGCUUACUCACCACGCACACGCGCUAGAAAGGGACAGGCAGAUAGAGAGAGAGAGAGUGGUGAGUAAAUGCGCCUUCACUCUCUCCGCUUUAGGUCUUAGAGCUUUAGUAGUUGUUUUUUUUCUUCUUUAUAAUUAAUUUUCCCUAACUGCUUUGUGUGCAAUCUGUUGGAGGGUGCGGAGUGUGAGUGCAGAAAUGCUCAAUUUAGCUGCUAAUCAGGUCGUUACUUAAAUGCUUAAAUGAUAAUUGUGUGGGUCCGCAAUAAAGUGUCGCCAUAAAUGU